CUUGCCGGUUGCCUCAACUUCGAGGGCUUGCCGAGGCAUUCUUGAGAGGGAGGGCCAGAAUAAAGAGGGGAGGAGAUGAGGCCGGCGGAGUCGAGGUUCCUGCAAGAACUGGUGCUGUACGCAGCGAGUGCCGCGCUGAGCUGCCUCGUCCUCUUCGCGGGGCUGCGCCACCUCGACCCUAACCGCGCCGCCACCAAGAAGGCCCUCGAGCACAAGAAAGAGAUCGCCAAGCGCCUCGGCCGCCCCCUCGUCCAGACCAACCAAUACGAGGAUGUGAUAGCUUGCGAUGUUAUAAAUCCUGAUCACAUUGAUGUUGAAUUUGAGUCUAUUGGGGGUUUAGAACAUGUGAAGCAAGCUCUAUUUGAAUUGGUCAUUCUUCCACUAAGCAGACCUGAGUUAUUUUCCCAUGGAAAACUUCUUAGUCCACAAAAGGGAGUUUUAUUGUAUGGUCCACCAGGAACAGGAAAGACAAUGCUGGCAAAGGCCUUAGCAAAAGAGUCUGGGGCAGUUUUUAUUAAUGUGAGGAUCUCAAAUCUGAUGAGCAAAUGGUUUGGGGAUGCUCAAAAACUUGUGGCUGCUGUCUUUACCCUAGCAUAUAAGCUACAACCUGCUAUUAUUUUCAUUGAUGAAGUGGACAGUUUUUUGGGUCAGCGCCGUAAUACAGAUCAUGAAGCCAUGACUAACAUGAAAACUGAGUUUAUGUCUUUGUGGGAUGGUUUCACAACAGACCAGAAUGCUCGGGUGAUGGUACUUGCUGCUACAAAUCGCCCAUCAGAGCUAGAUGAGGCAAUACUCAGGCGCUUCACCCAGACCUUUGAAAUUGGUAUGCCUGAUCGAAGUGAGAGAGCCAAGAUCCUAAAGGUGAUCUUGAAGGGUGAAAAUGCAGAAGCAAACAUUGAUUAUGACUACAUAGCUAACUUGUGUGAAGGUUUUAGCGGUUCAGAUAUACUCGAGCUGAGCAAACAAGCAGCCUAUUUCCCUGUUAGGGAGCUGCUGAAUGACGAAAAGAAUGGAAAAGCAUCCAGUGGACCGAGACCAUUAAGACAGUCUGACUUGGAGAAAGCACUGGUAACUUGUAGAAAGGUGAAGAAGGCAACCGGUGAAAGCAGAUUGGGUUCGCAAUCACCUAGGUGGUCUGCACAAACAGAGCCAGAUGAUGAUCAGGUCCAUAAUGCUAUCUUGGAGAUUUCGAAGCUCAUGUCUCGAAUUGUGGGCAACCAAUCAGAACCGCAAGACCCAUAGGUUAUUUUGCAUCGAGUUAUAAGUAGUUGUGCAGCAUGCCAUAUCACAAGAAUUGUACUUCUGGAGGUCUACAAAUAACGUGGAGCGAGUUCCGUGAGCUACUAUCUACAGUUCAAUACCGUUCAUCUCAAUGUUUGUAAUCGAGUAUUCACUGAUGUCGAGAGAAGUGGUCACCGCACCAGACGACAGGCUACUGACACUAGUUUGGAAUCGAGAUUUUUUCAUCCGUUGUUACUUUUGAGGCAGGCAUGCAUGCAUGCAUCAAACUCUACUAAGUUGUACUCCAUAGUGACAUUAUUUUUUUUUUAAUAAAUAAUUCUUCAUGAUUGUGUA